AUGGUUCAAUACAUUCAAACUCCACCACGAAGCCAAUCCUCAACACGAAUCUCGAGUUCGCUCGAAAUUCUGCUCUUCUCUUGCUUCAUCACCAUAUACAAGGUUCAAGCUACGGGCCACUACUGGCAAUUCGAACGUCUCUAUUCCCGCCAUGAACCCCAUCAGCAGAGCAUGAGGAGUGAGCAUGAAGUCGACAAAGAUGCCGCUUCGAGGGCAGAAUUUGUGAACAAGACAUGGCUGCGGGAGUCACGGUGGCACAAAGUACGCUUAUGGAAGCGCAGGAAGAGCAAGAGCGGAAGUCAUCCAGGAGCGGAAGAAAGAGGAGAGGAGAGAUGCGACGCGACGGGAAGUCCCUACCCGCAGUUGAUGGCUGGAAGUCGCGUCGCGAAUAGCGCAGACUUGCAAAUUGAGCGAAAGAAGUGA